AUGGCUACUAAUAUGAUUGCAAAAAUAUCAGUAGGUAUAAAACGAGAUAAUAUGCCUUUACUUGAUUUACCAUUUGAUGAUUCACAAUGCAAUGGAAGUAGAACAUCAUCAUCAACAGUUCAAUUCGAACAACCACCAUUAACAACAACAUCAAAUGGAACUUGUUCACAUGAUAAUGGUACACAUUUACGUGCAAAAUUACGAUUUUUUUUAAUGUCACCAUGUUGGAAAUGGCAUUUAAAACGACAAUGUCCAUGGAAAGCGUGGUUUCAAUUUAUUAAAAUUAUUAUUCUUACUACACAGUUAAUCCUUUUUGGUAUUGAAAGACAAUCACAUGUUGUAUUUAUUUCUGAAAGUAAUAUAACAUUUCAUCAUUUAUUUAUUCGUGGUUGGAGUUCAGCGGAUGAAACAUUACCAUAUCCAAGAGCAUCAGGAGAUUUUGCUGUUUAUACUAAUCAAGAUUUUAUUGAUUCAAUUAAUUAUGCUGUACAUCGAUUUAAUAAUUUAACAAAUAUAUCACUGGGUUUAUUUGAUUAUCAUGAGCAUGCAACACAAAAAUCAUAUAGUUCUGAUUCAGAUUCACGUGAACGUUACAUUAAUUUAUGUUUGGAUCGUUUUAAAACAUGUCGAAUUGAUCCAACUUCACAUACCUAUAUAUUAGAUUCUGAAACAGAAAAUAAUUGUUCCACAUUAAAUGCAACAAACAAUUUUAAGAUUGAAGAAUAUUUAUUAAACGUACAUAAUGAAACCGUAAAUUAUUGUGGACUUAAUUCAUUAACACUUGAAUUUGCUAUACAUGCUAUUCAACUUAAAAAUCAAAAACUGUUUAGUUUACCUGAUUGUUAUCAUUUUUCAGUUAAAAUAACAUUUGAUAAUAAUGCUCGAACAGGAAAAAUUCGUCAACAUCUUAAUUCUCAAGCACAAUUUCGUACGUGUAAUCGAAAAUUAAUACAUCAAGAUUCAGAUUUCACAUUAACACGACAACGAACUAACGAAAGACCGUUAACUUGGAGUGAAUUACAAAUUUUUUAUUCAUAUUGGUAUUUUCUUAUGAUAAUAACAGAUUUAAUGGUUAUACCAGGAACUAUUAUUAAAAUUGGAAUUUUAUUUAAAGUGACGGAUGACUAUAAUGCAGCUGGUUUAUUACUCGGUCUAAGUAGUCUAUUGUCUUGGAUUGGUAUUCUACGUUAUUUAUCUUUCUUUCGUAAAUACAAUCUUUUAUUUGUAACAAUUUCAACAUCAUUACCAUUAAUUCUUCGCUUUCUUUUAUGUGCUCUUAUUAUUUAUUGUGGAUAUAUGUUUUGUGGAUGGAUUGUAUUGGGUCCUUAUCAUACAAAAUUUCGAACAAUAUCAACAACAUUUGAAACGUUAUUUGGAUUAAUUAAUGGCGAUGACAUGUAUUCAACAUAUGCUAAUUUAGAAACUGAGUCAAUUUAUAUAUGGGUGUUUUCAGAAAUAUAUUUAUAUUCAUUUAUUUGUUUAUUUAUUUAUGUUGUAUCAAGUUUAGUUAUUGCAUUAAUUAUUGAUGGUUAUGAUACAGUUAAGAGAUAUUAUAUAGAUGGAUUUCCGAAAAGUCGUUUACAACAAUUCAGUGAAGAAAAUGCUCCUCAGUGGUCAGGUUUAAAUAAUUGGCAAGAUUUAACAACAGCAAUUGGAGCACGAUCAGUUUGUUUUCCAUGUUGUUCCAAAACUCCACAAAAUCUUACAGAUAUGAUAACAGCAGAUGCACAUCUUAUGCAAAAUGUUAAUACAUUUUCUUAA